UCGAUAUUUUCCUAUAUAAACCCAACACCACACCCUCUUUCCCUCAUCAAAUCGUAUUCUCUCUUUCUCUCUCUACAAUCUCUCUCUAGACCCUGCACCUAUUGAGCGAACCCUCUCUUCUCUCUCUGUCAAUAUCUCUAUUCUCCUCUUUGUUCGAAGUGAGAAGAGAUCUUCCGUCUUUCUUCAUUGUGGGCAUGUCAUGUAUAUUGCCGCUUAAAAAUUAUACAAGCAACAAACCUGUUCAACAUUUUAUUCAGUAUUUAGUCUGCAUCCUUAUGCAUAUAAGAUGGGUUCUGGAGGAAGAACGGUAUUUAAUUUUGACCUCAAUGAGCCACCUACAGAUGAUAAUGAUGAGAGGGAUGAUGUUUUCUGCUUGCAGCCUCAAAAGGCCCAGCCAUCAACAACUUCUCAUGCUUCAGACUUAUUUGUAGCUUCUACUGCUGCCCAAGGAACUGACUUAAUUGUAGCUUCUACUGCUGCUGCCCAAGGAAUAAUGAAUAAUCAUGCAUUUUCACAUGCCUCAACUGUUUCGGGAUUUCAACCAUUUAUUCGCUCAAAGUCUGCAAGUGUCUCUGGCGCGGAUGCUGGGCCGAUGAUUGCAGGAGAUCAGGGUGCUAAGGCUCCCUCUAAGUUCAUAAAAGAGGAGGGCGUGAAUGUUAUGGAAUCUCAGAAAUCUGGUUCGGCAAAUGCUCAAUCUACAGAAAGGGAAGAAGGGGAAUGGUCUGAGGAGGAGGGUUAUGCUGAUGCAAAUGGAGGUAAUAAUCUACCACAGAAAAAUCAGGCUCCAGAAGAGCAAGCAACAUCUGGAAUGGUGGAUGGAAGUGUUGUGGCUUCUGACAGUAAGUCUAACAAUAUCAAGAAUUCUAAUUCUAAUACUAUAAGUGAUGCCAAGUGUAGCCAGGCUUCUGUAGGUCUAGAAUCAAAUAGUAGUGAACAAAAAAAUGGUGUCCUAAAUUCAGCAAGCAAUAUAAAAAGUGAAGCUUCUAUUGAUGCACAGGAGGAGCCCAGUAUAGUUCCCAAGCAAAAAGAAGUGAAAGGUAUUGAGGCAAGUCAUGCACUUAGGUCUGCAAAUAUUCCCGGUAAGAGAAGGAUUGACCAACGUAAAGAGGAAAUGUUGGGAAAGAAACGUAGUAGACAGACCAUGUUUCUUAACUUGGAAGAUGUCAAGCAAGCAGGUCCCAUUAAAACCUCAACCCCUAGAAGACAGGCUUUCACAUCACCAGUUAUAAGUCGUACUGUGAAGGAAGUUCGUACUGUUCCUCCACAAGUUGAACGGUUUGGAAUAGCUAAGGAUCAGAAUCAAUCUGACUCUUCUUUUGGUGAAGGUGUAAGUCAAAAUGAAACACAUGAACCUAAAUCUGAUUGUAAUGGUGAUAAUUCUGGACCAUUGGGUAGGCUUAGGAGGAUCAACAGUGAGACUGAAACUCCUAUGGAGGUCAAUUUACCACCCAUACCUAGACAGGGAUCAUGGAAACAACAGACAGAGUUGAGGCAGCAGAAGAAUGCAUUUGUUUCUAAUAGGAAGUUGGGACAGAGUGGUCAAAGCUCCAAUGAUGUCAGGCUGGUGAACAAGAAACAUCACUCUAUCAAGAAGCAAACCCCUGUCAGUUUCCAGUCUCAGGACUCAUCCGUUGAACGCCUCAUUCGGGAGGUUACCAGUGAAAAGUUUUGGCAUCACCCAGGAGAGACUGAUUUGAAGUGUGUACCUGGAAAGUUUGAAUCAGUGGAAGAGUAUGUUCGAGUAUUUGAGCCUUUGCUUUUUGAGGAAUGCCGUGCUCAACUUUACAGUACUUGGGAAGAAUCAACAGAAACAGUUUCAAGGGAUACUCAUAUUAUGGUGCGAGUGAAGGCAAAUGAGUCGAGGGAAAGAGGUUGGUAUGAUGUGAAAGUACUUCCAGUACACGAUUUCAAAUGGUCAUUUAAGGAGGGUGAUGUUGCAAUUCUUUCGUCCCCCAGACCUGGAUCAGUCAGACCCAAACAGAACAAUUCAUCUUUAACUCACGAUGGCGGGGAAUCAGAAAUCACUGGGCGUGUGGUGGGUACAGUUAGGCGGCACAUACCUAUUGAUACCCGUGAUCCUCCUGGUGCAAUACUACAUUACUAUGUAGGGGAUUCUUAUGAUCCUAGCAGGGCUGAUGAUGAUCAUAUUGUAAGGAAACUUCAAACUGGAAGCAUCUGGUAUCUCACAGUGCUUGGUUCUCUCGCUACCACCCAGAGGGAAUAUAUUGCUCUACAUGCAUUUCGUCGCUUAAAUGUGCAGAUGCAAACUGCAAUUCUAAAGCCUAGUCCUGAACACUUUCCAAAAUAUGAGCAGCAGACCCCGGCAAUGCCUGAAUGCUUCACGCCAAAUUUUGUUGAGUAUCUGCGCAGGACCUUCAAUGAACCCCAGUUGGCAGCAAUUCAAUGGGCGGCUAUGCAUACAGCUGCCGGUACAAGUAGUGUGGCAACAAAGAGGCAAGAUCCUUGGCCUUUCACUCUUGUUCAAGGUCCUCCAGGAACGGGAAAAACACAUACAGUAUGGGGAAUGUUGAACGUCAUUCACCUCGUGCAGUAUCAACACUACUACACCUCCUUGCUUAAGCAUGUAGCUCCUGAAAGCUACAAACAUGCUAAUGAGCUCAAUUCAGAGAAUCCCCCCACAGGAUCUAUUGAUGAAGUUCUUCAAAAUAUGGAUCAAAAUCUUUUAAGAACUUUGCCUAAACUAGUCCCAAAGCCUAGAAUGUUAGUUUGUGCUCCUUCGAAUGCUGCCACUGAUGAGCUUCUUUCCCGUGUUCUUGAUCGUGGAUUUAUUGAUGGAGAGAUGAAAGUAUAUCGACCUGAUGUCGCUCGGGUUGGGGUUGAUUCUCAGACACGUGCUGCCCAAGCAGUAUCUGUUGAGCGGAGAACUGAACAACUUCUCGUCAAGACUCGAGAAGAAGUUUCUGGAUGGAUGCAACAGUUGAGGAAUCGCGAAGCACAAUAUACUCAACAGUUGCAUUGUCUUCAUAGAGACCUGAAUGCUACUGCUGCUGCUGUACGUUCCCAAGGAUCUGUUGGUGUUGACCCUGACCUUCUCAUGGCCCGUGAUCAGAAUCGAGAUGUUUUGCUGCAGAACCUUGCAUCUGUAGUUGAAGGCAGGGAUAAGGUUUUGGUUGAGAUGUCUCGCCUUGCUGUUUUGGAAGGUAGGUUUCGACCUGGUAGUGGUUUCAAUUUGGAAGAGGCCCGCGCUAGUUUAGAGGCCAGUUUUGCCAAUGAAGCAGAAAUAGUUUUCACUACAGUGUCUAGUAGUGGGCGCAAGUUGUUUACCCGUCUUUCCCAUGGAUUUGAUAUGGUAGUCAUUGAUGAGGCAGCCCAAGCCAGUGAGGUGGGAGUUCUUCCUCCUCUUUCUCUUGGAGCAGCACGGUGUGUUCUUGUUGGAGAUCCUCAGCAGCUCCCUGCUACAGUUAUCAGCAAGGCUGCCGGAACACUGAUGUACAGCAGGAGUCUUUUUGAAAGGUUCCAACAAGCAGGAUGCCCUACAAUGUUGCUGUCUGUGCAAUAUAGAAUGCAUCCUCAAAUUCGGGAUUUCCCUUCUAGAUACUUUUAUCAGGGACGCCUUAGUGACAGUGAAAGUGUGAUUAAAUUGCCUGAUGAACCAUACUAUAAAGACCCUUUACUUAGACCUUAUAUAUUCUAUGAUGUCAGACAGGGACGGGAGUCUCACAGAGGUGGAUCGGCCUCCUACCUCAACACAGUUGAAGCACAAUAUUGUCUCCGAUUGUAUGAGCAUGUUCAGAAAGCAGUGAAAUCUUUGGGUCUAGGAAAGAUUUCUGUUGGCAUAAUUACUCCUUACAAGCUGCAGUUGAAAUGCCUCCAACGUGAGUUUGAGGAAGUCUUAAAUUCAGAAGAAGGGAAGGAUCUAUAUAUCAACACUGUAGAUGCUUUCCAAGGUCAAGAGCGUGACGUGAUUAUAAUGUCUUGUGUGCGUGCUGGUCACGGGGUUGGUUUCGUUGCUGAUAUACGUCGGAUGAAUGUUGCCCUUACGCGAGCAAGAAGGGCCCUUUGGGUGAUGGGAAACGCAAAUGCACUGACACAUUCCGAGGAUUGGAAAGCGUUGAUUGCUGAUGCAAAAUCCCGAAAUUGCUACAUGGACACGGAAUCUCUUCCCAAGGACUUUUUGGUGCCUAAGGGAGCUGUUUACACACCAUUGCCUGGUAAGGCACCCUUGAAUAUGAGGGGUAUGAGAUCAGGUGGGCCAAGAUAUAAUAGAGCAAUGGAGAUGCAUAUGGAAUCCAGAGUGGGAGCACAAUCUGAAGAUGACGAGAGGAUGAAUGGCGCUUCAGUAAGCUCCAGAAAUGGGAACCAUCGUCCACCACGUUAUUUAACAGAGAACUCCUUAGAUGAUUUGGGUGAUAAAUCCAGAGAUGCCUGGCAGCAUGGCAUACAGAAGAGGCAGGGUUCAACUGGAACCAUGGCAAAGAGAGAUGUAUAGCUUUUGUGCUUUAUCUGCAGAUUCUUCUUGUGCAGCAAAACCUUUGGUGGUGCGGGAGUUCAUGUACUAUCGUCAUUUCAUGAUCUCAUCCCCCGGUCCAGCGUCACCGAAAGCUAUCGGCCGGGGGGGGCUUUCGGGGAUGCUGCAUGAGCCACAGAGAGCAUGUAACAUGGAUAAGCCAACAUUCUUGCAUUUGUACUAAUGCUUGUGUUGUUCUAGCCAUUUUGUGGACAUAGCUGCUUGGAUGUGUUGGGGGAAAGACUGCAGACAUUUGAAUGAAGACCAGGGUGGAGGAUCGAAAAUACUCAAUUUUGUAUCAACAUGAAAGGAAACAAGUGCACACAAUAUUAUGGAUCUUAGGAGGCUGUUUGCUGGCAAAAUUGUCUUUGUACAUAGCAACAAUGUUGUAGCAAAUUGUUUCUUUCAUGAUUUUAUGACAUAAUGGGAAGUGUUUCACUUUCGAAAAAGAAGAAAAGAAGUAGAUUACUUACAAUACUCAGAAUGUCUUUGUAUGGAAAUUUAAACUAUUUCAUUAUUUAAUUUAAUUAUUUAUUUAUUUCA